CAGGAAAUAUAAAGCUCGACAAAAUUGCCGGUAAUAGUCUUGAAAAAUCCUUCAUUUCCAUUUCAAUAUUCAUUCUAAACACAUCGUAAGCUAAAUUCAAAAGGUAAUGAUGAGUUUGACUCCGCUUGAAUCCAAUCCAGAGGUCUUGACCAAGUAUAUACAUAAAUUGGGCGUGUCGCCGGCUUGGUCUGUAACUGACGUCAUCGGUUUGGAAGAGGACACUUUGGAAUGGAUUCCCCGUCCCGUGAAGGCGUUCAUUCUGCUCUUUCCAUGUAGCGAAACUUAUGAGAAGCAUCGUGCUGAGGAACACGAACGUGUUAAGGAGAUCAACGAGCAGCAUCCCAGCGAUCUUUUCUAUAUGCGCCAGAUUACCCCCAACGCUUGUGGAACCGUAGCCUUGAUUCACUGCGUAGCCAACAACAAAGACAUUGAAGUCGAUAAGGGAGUGCUGAAGGACUUCAUAUAUAAUGGAGCCAAGCUUUCGCCGGAGGAACGUGGCCAGGCAUUGGAGGACGACAAGGACUUCACUGCCGGUCAUCAGGCUCUGGCUCAAGAGGGCCAGACCAAUGCCGAUGAGCACGAAACGGUGAAUCAUCACUUUAUCGCCCUUGUCAACAAGGAUGGAACUCUUUACGAGCUGGAUGGACGCAAGUCUUUCCCAAUCAAACAUGGACCAACUUCAGAGGAGACCUUCGUAAAGGAUGCGGCCAAGGUGUGCAAGGAGUUUAUGGCGCGUGAUCCCAAUGAUGUGCGCUUCACCGUUCUGGCUCUGUCUGCUACGCAGAAUUAGGCUGGAACUGAUCUCAUAACUUAUGUACCACCAAGAUCCUCUAUUUGCCAGAAGAUACAUUUAAAUACCCACCAUAUUUUUAAUCCUGUUGAAAAGGCGACUGAAGCCCCGUCUUUCAGAUACACUACAGUUUACGCAUAUUUAUUUUGCCUUGAGCCAAAGCCACAAAUGUAUUGGGAACAUUAUUGUUAUUAAAGAGUGCACUCAAGCUUGAUGCUAAGCUUA